AUGGAGCGGGAUGAGUAUCGGCGCUACGGGAAGGAGUUGGUGGACUACAUCGCCGAAUACCUGAGAUUGGUGCGCCAGCGCCGCGUUUUCCCGGAUGUGAAGCCUGGGUUCCUGCGGCCCCUGAUCCCGAUGUCUGCUCCCCAGGACCCCGAGAGCUGGAGCAGCAUCUUCGCCGACAUCGAGAGGGUCAUCAUGCCUGGGCUCGUCCACUGGCAAAGCCCGCACAUGCACGCCUACUUCCCGGCUCUCUGCUCCUGGCCGUCGCUGCUCGGGGACAUGUUGUCAGAUGCCGUGAACUGCUUGGGAUUCACCUGGGCCUCGAGUCCCGUCUGUACCGAGCUGGAGAUGUGUGUGUUGGAUUGGCUGGCUACCAUGCUGGGUCUCCCGAGUCAGUUCCUGCACUAUCACCCUGAGAGCCAUGGAGGGGGAGUACUGCAGGGCACGGUCAGCGAGUCGACACUGAUUGCCAUGCUGGCUGCAAGAAAAGCCAAGAUCGCUGAGCUAAGGAGCGGUGAGCCGAACACAGAUGAUGCUGUGCUCACCUCCCGUCUUGUGGCAUAUGCCUCGGACCAGGCCCACUCUUCAGUACAGAAAGGUGCUCUCAUUACUUUAGUGAAACUCCGCUCACUGGAGACGGAUGGUGACUUCUCUCUUCAAGCUGAGACUCUGAUGCAAGCGUUGGAAGCUGAUCGAAAUCAAGGUCUUGUUCCAUUCUUUCUCUGUGCCACAUUGGGAACUACGGGUGUGUGUGCAUUCGACUGCCUGGACGAACUUGGACCCCUUUGUACCCGCGAAGGUCUGUGGCUUCACGUGGAUGCAGCGUACGCCGGCGCCGCCUUGGUGUGCCCCGAAUUCCGUGACUGCCUCGGCGGGGUGCAGCACGCCGACUCGUUCACGUUCAACCCUGCCAAGUGGAUGAUGGUUCACUUUGACUGCGCCGCGCUGUGGUGA